GUUCAUCGCAACCUAGACUACCAAGAUGUGCUGGCCAGCAUGAAGGUCUGCAAAGCUUUUCACGAAGCGCUACCAAAUGCAGUCGAGGAUAUUAGGGUGGAGAAGGCGAUCACGCAGGCAACACUGCAGUACCUAUGCUGUACAUUUCACAACCUCAAGAACCUCACGAUACACCCCGAGUACGACGAUCACAACCCCCGACUCGACUUUUCGAACCUGCACUUUCCCGUGCUGCAAUCUCUGGAGGUAGCCAACACGCCGGUAACCACCCUGGUUUUCACCAGCAACAACACGCCCAAGCUGCAACGCCUCUCUAUCGAGCAGCAGACCUCCCCUCUGCGUUCCUUCCGUCUGGACCUACCCGAGCUGGAGACCCUCUCCCUGGAGCACCUGACCGUCCACGACUGCUCCGACUUCGCACCCUCGCUGGCCGCCUGCCCCAAGCUGCGCACCUUUGUGUCGUACAAGUUCUGGGGCCCUGAUGACGACGUGUACGACCUGCGCCUCCCGGAGUGCGAGGACCUGAGCCUGACCAGGUGUGACGGCCUGGGCGGUCUGCGCCUGUGGGCCCCCAAGCUGACCUCGCUGGACCUGCAGGGCUGCUUCGGACUGCGCAAGCUGCAGCUGCUGGACGUCGACCCGCGCAGCCAGCAGCAGCAACCGCAGGAGCGACAAGAAGAGCGACAGCAGCAGGAGGAGCAACAGGCCGAUAACACGAGCGCCGG